AUGGAGGCUGCAAUCGGAGUUAUCGGGCUCUCAUUACGACCUAUCGAUUCGGCCGUGAAGGUGAAGCGGGCCAUCGACAACUACCGGUCUGCCUCGACAGAAAUCCAUCGGUUAGCAAUCAAAAUCGAACGAGUGGAGGCAAUAUGCGGUGCCAUCAAGAAGAGCCUCGAGGGCGGGCCUUCGACACGACGAUGCUCCGAUCUCAUCGAAACCUGGGGUGUUUGCGUGCUGAGGAGUGUCCAGUUGACGCUUGCAGAGCUUCACGACAUCAUCGCCAAGCUUGAAAAGAAGGCAGCGAAGAAGAGAAUAGUGAAUGCCGCAGGUCUGGCUUUCUUGCUGGAGAAGGACGACAUAACAAGCCUGAGCAAGUAUCUUGAUGAAGACCUGAACCAUUUGCAAAAUAUGAUGACGGCCGAAAUAUUGUGCUUCUCCAAGAUUCAUGCUUCAAAAUUCUUUGCUGACCACAGAGGCAGCUCCCAAUUCAAUAUCUCCCAGCAGUUGGUACUUUACCAGUCCAGCGCACAAGCUGCACCGUCAACAGAAAGCCUGACAACUUCUUUGCCUUGCCCUGCGUCUUAUACCACUGCAUCUUCCGAGCCAAGCGUAACAAAAAUAGUCAACAAAAGCAACCGAAAGAUAAUUAGCGCAUACGGUUUCCACGGCCAAGCACAAAGCGUUAGAAUCAUCAGAGAAUCUCGUUGGUAA